AUGAUCGGAAACAAUAUUUUCUGGAGACAACUCGGUGAAUAUGUCAAUAACUAUGGAUUAGCGAUGAUCGCUGUCACUAUAAUGAUUGUUACUGAAUCAACGGUGUUAAUACGGCUUCAGAGCAGCAUACUGAUCGGCUACGCAUUACAUUAUGUCGUAAACAUCUACCCAGCGAAGCGUACACAAAUAAUGGACACACUGAACAGUGAAGAACCCAGUGAAGAUCGAAAAGAUGAACCUACGGAACUUGUCAGCGACACAUUACGGACAGAAAAACUGAAGCAAGUUGGCAUUGUGCAAGGAGUGAUAAAUAAUGAUCUGACUAUGGGAAAGUUGCAUGGAAAACUUGCAACAGCACAACUGAGAGCCCGUACCAAGAAAAUGCAAGAGGAUAUGACUUUGGAACAGAGAAACGAUGAGGGUCGUACGAAGGCGGAGCAACUUGAAUCAAUCAUAAAACUUAUGAUGCAAAAUAAGGAAAAGUUCGGCAUAACAAGUGAAGACGACAUUAAUGAACAGUUGAAGAUGUACAAUUUCUAA